AUGCGAAAUGGCACGACAUCAACAAGAUCAAGCUACUUGUUCAGAGAUUUAUUGAGGGCGGUGCAAGACUUGGGCAGGCAGCAGGCUCAGGCGGCACCUAGUAAUGCAACAGGAGGUGCUAACACCAUGAGCUCGAUCGUUGAGCAGUUUCGUCGUUUUAAACCCCCGUCCUUUGAUGGUAAAGGUGAACCUUUCGCAGCUGAGGAGUGGCUGAGAAGACUUGAAGGGAUCUUCGAGCACAUGAACUGUAGCGACGCUCAAAAGGUUUCAUGUGCAAAGUUCAUGUUGACUAACGAUGCUGGACAUUGGUGGGAUUCCGAAACACGUACUAAAACUGCAGAACAACUAUGUAAUCUCACUUGGGGUCAAUUCAAGGAGUCGUUGAUGGGUAAAUAUUUUUCCCAGCCAUUGAGGGAUCAAAAGGAGGUAGAAUUUCUCCAACUCACGCAAGGAAAUUUGCCACCUGGGGAGUAUGAAACAAAACUUGAACAACUUUCUAGAUAUGCUCCACACAUGGUAAACACUGAGCUGACGAAGACUAAAAGGUUUGAAAUGGGGUUAAAGCCAGAGAUUAAGGGAAUCAUGGCAGCCCAGCAACAUACUACUUAUGCGGAAGUUGUACGUCGAGCACAAGCAAUUUCUAAUGGUUUAGGAUUGGAAAAGAAACCUCAACCCAACACCGAGACUUCUGUAAAGAGAGAGUGGCAAGGUUACGACAAAGACAGGAAUCAGACUUAG